CUUUGAUAUCCACCAUCUCUCCACACAUCUAAUAGCUAUAUUUGAUACUAUCAACAAUAUCAACAAGAAAAAAUCAACGAAACUGUGACGAAAUGGCACCCGUCGCCAUCUCCCCCGAACCCGUCCCCAUCACCAAAAGGGACGGCCAUGCUCUCGAAGACCUCUCCGACGCCAUUGACGAUGUUAAUGUUCUCAAAGCAGCGCUGCACAAGAACCUAGACGGAAAAGACAUAUACGACGCCUCCGAAUUUGAUCAACACAAGGACAAGUCCCAGUUCCGCCAGUACGAGAACGCCUGCGAUCGCGUGAAAUCUUUUUACAGGGAGCAACAUUUGAAGCAGACCGUGGCUUACAACCUAAAAGCGCGCAAUGAUUUUCGUUCGAAGGUCCGCGCCCAUAUGACUAUAUGGGAGGCGAUCGAGAAGCUCAAUACUCUGAUUGAUGAAAGCGACCCCGACACCAGCCUCUCCCAGAUCGAGCAUCUCGUUCAGUCGGCUGAGGCCAUCCGCCGCGAUGGCAAACCCCGUUGGAUGCAGCUGACGGGGUUGAUUCAUGACCUGGGCAAGCUUCUCUACUUCUUCGACGCGCAGGGACAGUGGGACGUUGUGGGCGAUACUUUCCCUGUUGGUAUUGCGUACGACGAGAGAAUUAUCUACGGACGGGACUCGUUCAAAAACAACGAGGACUAUGGGCACCCAAUCUAUGACACCGAAUUUGGUAUCUACAGCCCCGGAUGCGGCAUGGAUAAUGUCAUGAUUUCUUGGGGUCACGACGAGUACCUCUACCACGUUGUGAAGAGCCAGUCUACCCUGCCGGACGAGGCGCUCGCGAUGAUCCGCUAUCACAGCUUCUACCCCUGGCACAAGGAGGGGGCCUACCGCGAGCUGAUGGACGAUCACGACGAGAAGAUGCUCAAAGCUGUGCAGGCUUUCAAUCCUUACGAUUUGUACAGCAAAAGCGACGAGGUUCCGAGCGUGGAGAAACUCAAGCCUUAUUAUCUGGAGUUGAUUGAUGAGUUCUUCCCGACCAAGGUGCUCAGGUGGUGA